UUAAUUCCCCAUCCAUCCCCAGGGGAGAAAAAAAAAAGGGAGGGAAGCACUGUCGCGCGCCACAUCCGUUCCUCUCCUCGACUAACAACCCUCGGCCCUCAACCUUCGACCCUUCGACCCUGACCCUUCGUCUCUCGACUAUCGGUCGUCCAUCCUCUGGCAAGCUCACCGAUAAAUAAAUAAAAACACCACAACAUCCAAGCAAACCCAGCCGCAAGCCCGCCGAUUGUGCACUCGUCCGAGGCCACAGACCUGUACCGUAGCUAUUCUUCAGCAGCACAGACGACACAGUGUACAAUCGCCUACCUCAGUGCUGGUGCUGCCCCCCCAUCUCCAUGGCCAUCAACUAAAGUUGUUUCAAGCCCGACCUUGACCUGGAGGAGCUCAUCCCACCAAACCGCACACAUACUCGCACACCGUCACAUUCACACGCGCACAUAGGUCAGCGCAAGUUGACCUACCAUCCUCCAUCUCGCCAUGUCCCAGCCAGGCGAGCCUGUUGCGGCCGUUUCACCCGAGAUCACAAAGGAAACGAAGGAGAAGAGACUCUCAACCGACUCCGACUCGGAUAAGGAGAAUCAGGAUGCCUUCGAAGAUGCCGUCGUCGACGUCGCCGAUGUUCCUGAGGUAGCUGAGGUAGCUGAGGUCCGCUCCCUUACCCAGAGAACGCCGUCGUACCAGAGACCACCGCCCCCCGAAGAAACUGGCCCCGAACCCGAACCCCCGAAAAAGGAGGAGACCGAAGACAAAGUGGUGCCAGCUCCGUCAUCACCGGCAAAGGAAAGCAACCAUUUUGUUGAGGACGAGUUCGUGAGUGACAAUGAUGAUGGCGAGAUCAAGCGGAAGGCGUCUCCCGUAUCGCACCGUCUCUCCAAUACCUCGGAUUUGGACGAUGUCAAGCUGGACGACGACCACCCUGCCCCACAAGAACCAGAAACGAAACCUGCUAGCCCCGUCCAAGAGAAGGCGCCCCCAAAGAAGUUGUCAAUUAGCAGCAUUACUGGGGCUCUCCCGUCCAUGCCAUGGUCGCCGUCAGCCGAGCCAUCGCCCGCCAAAUCCCCUAUAGCCCCAGUCGCUCCCCCGCCGCAAGGACUCACAAGUCCCUUCUCCUGGUUAUCUCGCAACAGCAUCAGCAAGGAGAAGGAUACCUCGCCGCCACCCCAAGCCUCGCCCCGACGCAAUACUGCUAGUUCCAUUGCGACUUUGACGAGCAACCCCGAGAUGAUGCUUAGCAGGCUGGACGAAGAGGAGGGCGACGGUAUCAAUGGCGUCAAAGGAGCGCCCCGCCACAGCUUGAAGGACCGCUUUAAGAUGGUGCGGUUACGGGAGGAGGCAGGCAUCACACUGCCGACCGAUGACGACAAACCUGUGUCAUCGUCCAAGGGAUUGGGAUCGAGCACCCCUCCUGCUCAGAAUGGCAACGACAAGGAGCUUGGGGUUGACCAGGCGCCCAAAUCGCCCCUACCCACCACUCCGAACCCGUCAUUGGCCCCCGGGACGGUAUCUGGAGUUUCGGCUGGCCCGUCAGACAUGGCUGAUUCUCAGGUGGACUGGGAUCUGUGGCAGUCGGUAGUAUACGAAGGCCCGGCAGUCGUUGCAAGGACCAGCGCCGAGGAAUUGAAUAGCGCUAUUGCCAGUGGUAUCCCCAACGCCAUCCGUGGAGUCAUCUGGCAGGUUUUGGCCCAGAGUAACAACGAGGAGCUCGAGGUAAUGUACAGGGAGCUUGUGGCCAGAGGCACCGAAAAGGAAGUCAACCGGAACAGUCAAAGUACUAUCAGCUCGGGCAGCAACGGAAACCUCAGCAUACAGAAUGAUGUUGUCAAUUCUUCUGCCUCGUCGGUCCAUUCGGAGCAUUCCGGCGCAAAUGGCAUGUCGCCACCUCACGAAAAGAGUGCCGAGGCCGUGUUGAAGGCGCAGCAGGCCGCUGCCGCAGCAAGACAAAAGAAGCAAAAGGAGGACAACGCUAUGCUGCAGAAGCUUGAGAAGGCGAUUCGACGGGACAUGGGCACGAGAACCAGCUUCUCCAAGUACGCUGCUGCUGCUGGGCUCCAAGAAGGUCUGUUCGGCGUGUGCAAGGCGUAUGCCCUGUUUGAUGAAGCCGUCGGCUAUGCACAAGGCAUGAACUUCCUCAUUAUGCCGCUCUUGUUCAACAUGACGGAAGAGGAAGCAUUCUGCCUGUUGGUUCGCUUGAUGAACCACUACCACCUGCGUGACCUCUUCAUCCAGGACAUGCCUGGUCUCCACAAGAACUUGUACCUCUUCGAUCGUCUUCUUGAGGACUUCGAGCCGGCUCUCUAUUGCCACCUCCGCCGCCGCAGCAUCUCGCCCCAUCUCUACGCUACCCAGUGGUUCCUGACGCUCUUUGCCUACCGCUUCCCUCUGCAACUAGUGCUCCGCAUUUACGACCUGAUCCUGUCCGAGGGUCUCUCGGCCAUUUUGCGCUUCGGCAUCGUUCUGAUGCAAAAGAACGUGACCAACCUGCUUGCCAUCUCGGAUAUGCAGCAGCUCACUGUCUUCCUCAAGGACAAGCUGUUCGACGUCUACAUUGAUACGGCCCCCAGCGCCGGAAGCAUCUUAGAGAAUGGCUUCUUUGGAAGCUCCAGCUCCAGCAUGGACAAGGAAGUAUACCGCGCCGACCAGUUUGUCAGGGAUGCUUGCGAUAUCAAGAUUACCCCCGAGACCCUCAAGGCAUACACUCUUGAAUGGGAGGAGAAGACAAGGGCGGAGAAGGAACGCGAGGCAGAGCUCGAGCAGUUGCGGACCGCCAACAUCAACUUCGCGGUGAAGCUCGAGGAGCGUGUCGAGGCUUAUGACAGCGAGCAGGCCGCGCUCGCGACGGAAUUGGUCCACACCAAGGAGCUCAAGGAUGAGAAUGAGAGCCUCAAGGGGCAGCUUCGCAAUGUCAUUGAGAAGCAGCCCGAAGAGCUUGAGAAUGCGUGGAAGGCCGAACGCGACGACCUCAUGAAGCGCAAUCAGAAGGUUCACGAGGAGAACGAGAGGUUGGAAAAGGAAUUGGCAGAACUAGAGGAAGAGCUUAUGCAGUAUGCCGAGAUAAACUCCCAGCACGAGACACUCACUCGCAAGUGGACGGACCUCAAGCGACAGUUCGCAUAGAGCGACGUGUCCGAAAUAAACCCUGGUAUACCCAGAAACAGAAUUCUAUGAACACCUUAAUGUACGAAAGUAAUUGUAGCAUCCCAUUAAGUAUGGAGUUUUGCGUGUGUGCUUGCUGGCCGAACGCACAUCUGGGUGCCAAGCUGGCUACAGGCAACAAGGAACCAAAAGGACCCAAAAAGUGGUCUUCCAUCUUUGAUAUCCGAAGAAGCAUUACGCAAUAGAAAGUUGAAGGGAAUAUGUCGGUUCGAGACGGGCUCAGACAGUGGGGGCGGCCAACGACCCCCAGAAGCAUCUCAUCAUGACAGGCGUUCAUACUCGAGGCAAGCCACGAGACGAACGGGGAGUUGGUUCAUGAAUGGUGACGGGUUUCGGCUUCGGUUGGCAGACUUUUUAUACACACCUGCGACAUCAACUACAGAACAAAGAGAGCAUUACAAUGCAAUUGAAACCAAAAGAAGUCACGGCGCGAGCGGAUGAAGCCAGU